ACACUGUUUUGGGGUCUAGAACAUUCAGUCUUGAUCCAUUGGUUUGAUAUUUGUUUAAUCCAAGUGCGGUAUAUGACGACGUCUUAUAUUAUUGAAUCAAGCGGCCUCGUCAACAAACAAACUUAGUGCUUAUACACGAGAUUGUAGUUCUCUUACUUGUACCUACCUGGAAAUGCCAUCUUUACGAACAGCACCGAACUUGUUUAUCUUUGCUUUUCUCUUGUCUUAUCCUCUAGGACAAGUUUCUGCUAAACCGAUAAUAGGAUUCACGUCAAGGUCAUCAAAUCGAUUUGAAAAUUCAAUUAGUUCGGUUAGCAUCAGUCUUGAGAGAACUAAUCAAACGAACAUAACCACAACACUGACCCUAGGUUUAGGCGGAACCGCCACCAAAGGUAGUGAUUACUUUCUAAUAUCAGGAUCAUUGGAGAUAACAUUUCCGGCUAAUGAUACAUCCAAUCAAAAUAUCACUCUUUAUAUCAUCAAUGAUAAAGAGGUCGAAAGCGGGAAUCGUGAAACAAUUUCCUUUUCGAUUCCAAACGUUACGGCAUUCGAUGGGAAGGAGAACUUCACGAGACACACAGUCUACAUUGCAGAUGAUGACGUCAAUAUUAAUUGUCAAAACACUCAGAUCAAUGAGUCGGCGGAAACAGCUACAGUCCAAAUAACCAGGUCCGGGUCAUCACAGGCCUUGAGUCUUACCCAUUCUAUCGGAUGCUCCACGAAAGAUGGCAGUGCAUCGGCACCAAGCGAUUAUGCCUCAGAAGAGUUUGCUAUCAGCUUCACAAGUUCCAACACUGUUCAACAAAUGAGUAUUCCUAUCAUAAAUGAUUCUAUUCCCGAGGCAGACGAAACCUUUAAAGUCAAAUGUUUUACAAGUGACGUAAGAGUACAGUUACAAAGCUCUUGUCAGGAUGCUUUGGUUACCAUUCAAAACGACGACACGUACGUAUUCUUCUGUCCAGAUGGUUAUGCAAAACAAGUUGACGAAAGUGCCGGUUCUUUUUCAGCCGAUAUUUGCCGUGUUGGUGUUAUGUCUUCGACGCCUACUGUUAAAUUAUGUAGAACAACCGAAGGAGGAAAAAGCCCAUCAAUUGAUACAGGAUGUGAAGGCGUAAAUUUUACAUCAGGAAGCGACAGGGUUACUGGUACUUUUAAUAUUACCGAAGAUACUUUAGGAGAAACAGAAUUCCAAACGUUUCAGAUUUACUUGGAAAACUCUGAUCCUGCCGUCAUUGUCAACGAUUCAAGCCGUCAUGACGUUACUAUUCAGGAUAACGAUAAUACCUUUUAUCUGACGGACGUUACUGAGUUAUCAAUGACUGAAGGUACUGGAUCAAGCAAUGUAACUCUCACCAUCAAAAGAAUUGGAAAAAUUUCAGUAGCUUCUAGUGUCAGAGUACAACUCAUAUUUGACACAGCUGGGAAUGCAGAUUGCAUUGGUCCAAGCCCCAAUGUCAUCCAAUUUGCAGCAAAUGAAACAAGCAGAACAAUAACAGCCUGUACAGUGGUGGAUGACAGACUGAUAGAAGACAACGAGACUUUCAGUGUUACGAUAUCAGGAGUGUCUCCAAGCAAUGUUGAGAGUGGGAAAAGUCAAAGAGUUGUCAAACUGAUAAGUGAUGAUGUGAAUAUUACAUGUCAAGGUUCAUCACUGAAAGAAGGCAAUGGUCCUGCUACUGUGAGACUGGACAGAACUGGAGCAACGACAGUCACUGCGAAUAAUAUUCUGUGUAGCACUACCAAUGAUACAGCUUUUAGCCCGACCGACUACACAUCUCAAUCUUCAGCCACAGUCUCAUUUGCACUAAAUAAAUUGACUAAAAACUUUUCUGUGGUUCUUACCAAUGACAGAGUAGUCGAGACAAAUGAGAGUUUUACAGUUACUUGUAACACUUCUGACGCAAGAGUGGUUGUCGAUCCGUCCUGCAUUGGUAUACAGAUAAAUAUCAUAAAUGAUGACACCUAUGUUUUCUUCUGUCCUGGAUAUUCAACUUCCAUUGAAGAAAAUGUUGGGUCCUACACAGUUCAACUUUGUCGUGUUGGUGUGCUUGAAGACACCCACACUGUGCGACUAUGCAGAACUUCCGAUUCAGUUUCUCCGCCGCAUGAUUAUCCAUCAGUACGAGCACAGUGUAAUAAUACAGUGUUUACAGCGUACGACACGGUAAAAGAACUCCUCAUUCCUGUGACUAACGACACUUGGGGUGAACAAGAGUACAAAACAUUCAACGUUUCCAUAAACACUAACGAUUCUCGCGUCACCUUCAACGAUACAACAAGUUACGUUGUAACCAUACACGAUGACGAUAAUACAUUUUGCUUCACAAGAACGUCGGCUACAGUAUACGAAGAACACGAUAAAUUUGUCAACUUGACGAUCAGACGGACAGGAGCAAUCACUGUGUCAAACGCUUCUGUCACCAUAAACACUUCUCCACAAACCGCCAUUACUCCAGAGGACUACACAGAACCGAUUCUUAACCACCGCUUGACAUUCUUUGUUGGGGAGAUUGAAAAAAAUAUCUCAGUAAAUAUAGUCAACGAUAAACUCGUAGAAGAUGACCAGACCUUCCAGCUUUCAUUGACUGSUGUUGAUGGAAGUACCGUGUUCCCAGACUGUAAAACUUCUACUGUAGCUAUUGCCAGCAAUGACGUGAACAUAUUCUGCAGAGAUCGAAGAGGACAUCAGAGGGUUUACGAGAACAGACAAGGUCCUGUACUCAUGGAGUUCACGCGAGAAGGAUCUCUGCAAUACAACCACACAAUGAGAAUCCGUACGAUUGAUGGCACCGCCCAAUCUGGUGAAGACUACAUUGCUAUUGAUAAAAUCUUAACAUUUGCACCCAACCAAACCAGCAUAAAAGAAAAUGUGGUGUUGGUGAAUGAUAACGUCCUAGAACCUGACGAGACGUUUAGCUUGUCUGUGACGUCAUCAGAUGACAGGGUACAUAUGAUAUGUCCUGGUACCGACUUUACUAUUACCAAUGAUGACACUUUUAUCAGAUGUGCUAACCAGAGCAUCGAGGUCAACGAGGGAAUGGAGGGCAACAAAACCGUCUAUUUUACUUUGAAAAGAGAAGGCGUCUUAAACAAAGCUUCUUACAUCUGGUUUAGUACAAAAGACGGCUCAGCAGUUGAUAAAUCAGACUACAAGCCACAGAACCAAGUCAAUAGAACCUUCCUUCCAGGUCAAGUGUACAUGACGUUAAGCGUCGAUCUGAUUGAUGACGAAUACAAAGAAGACGAUGAGACUUUCUCAGUCAUCAUUGGAACUUAUGACCACGACACGACUCUUACGUCAGGAGAAAAAUGUGUAAUUGUUACCAUCAAGGACGAUGACCCAAAUCGCAUGACGGAGCAGCAAGCACAAGAACUCCUCGUCAGACGGCGUAAUUACUUAAUAAUCCUUGGAGUUGCCGGUGCAUUUAUGGCCCUGGUUGUUAUAUUUUUCCUUUGCUGUCUUUGCUAUAUCUUACGCCGAGCUAAGAAGAAGGGUUUAAUAAAGGAGUAAACCGAAGGAAGCAAUCAAGUUAAUUAGUGUAUAUAUAACACACAAGUUAUAUAUAACCCAAACACAUGACGUGUUUCCGGUCCCUUAACGGAAUUGACGCCAUUAUAUAGCCAACCAAUCACCAAUCAGCGUAUAGUACGAUAUAUAAUAUUUAUAAAUAUAAUACUUUUCUAUAUCAAGGAAUAAUUCACUGUAAAAACUGUCUAAUCGAAACAACCAAAAAACAUUGGUUAAAUUUAUGGAACUGAGACAACCAGUUUAUAAAUGGUUGAAAUAUUGGUUGUUAUGAACGAUUUACUUUGGGUUACAACCACCAUAAUAAUAAUCUUUAACAUUUCAAUUUGACCAAUUAUGUAAUGUUUAAUAAACGAGCAGGAGUGUUUUAUCGGGUAUAAAACA